GUUCGCAGCGCUCCGCGCGCUCUUUACGUCGGCGGCCUGGGAGGAGGCGUUUCCGGCCAUUCAUACUCCGUUCCGGUGGUCGGAGUUGUCCGUUUUUGUGCACUCUCGGACAGAAAUCUUGAAAUCUUCGUCAGGAUGAAGCUCGUGAGAUUUUUGAUGAAAUUGAGUCACGAAACUGUAACCAUCGAAUUAAAGAAUGGAACACAGGUCCAUGGAACAAUCACAGGUGUAGAUGUCAGCAUGAAUACUCAUCUUAAAGCUGUGAAAAUGACCCUGAAGAACCGAGAACCUGUACAGCUGGAAACACUGAGUAUUCGCGGAAAUAACAUUCGGUAUUUUAUUCUGCCAGACAGCUUACCUUUGGAUACACUACUUGUGGAUGUUGAACCGAAGGUGAAAUCUAAGAAAAGAGAAGCUGUUGCAGGAAGAGGCCGAGGCCGAGGAAGAGGAAGAGGACGUGGCCGGGGCAGAGGAAGAGGGGGUCCUAGGCGAUAAUGUCUCUCAUGAUUACUGUUUCAAAGUGAUAUGCGAUUUGGGAUAUUUUUUGUACAGGUUUUGUUUGUUUAUGUCAGUUUUUAAUAAACAUAAAUGUAGGCCAGUUGUCUAUUGACUAUCACAUUUAGUUUUAAUAGUUCAUAUAUAUUCAUGACAUAAUACAGUGAGAGCUGAGCAUUAUUACAUGGCAGUUCCAGAAUUCCAUUCAUAGAUCAGGCUUUUAAUUUUUUUUAACUAAAAUAUUUCUUUUAUAAAUACAUAUAGCAUUUACAUACAUCUUUUUGCUUCACGUGCACUGAAUAUGUAUUUUGUUUGUUUUACUUUGACUCAAUUCUAUGAAACCUACCUACAGGUGAAAUGGGUUUUGUUUGUUACUUCAGAAGCUGAAGUCCUAUGGAAUGGGCUGUAAAAUUGAUUCUCCUUUCCUGAGUUUUACUCCAUGGAAACUUAGGUACUUAGUAAAAGGUGAUAGUCAUCUUCUAAUUUAGGAGUCAUUGGUUUUGUUGUGAUAAUGGUUUUUGUUUUUUGUUUUAUUUUUUCAAUAGUCUCUCAAUAGAAUAUAAUUUUCCAUUCUCCUGACUUGAAACUUCAGUUAACAUUUACUAGGUUAUCGGUUGUAAGCAGUGUUGAAAUGUGUUAUUGUGGAAUAUACCUGUCAGUGGCCCCUUUAUCAAGAACUUUUACAAGGAGUCCUUUAAGAACAAAA